CACUCCUCUUCCCAAACAACGUGGGCUGUGGAUGUGGCAGAAAACAGCCUGCCUGCCUGCCUGACUGACUACGUGUCCCCUCUUUGCAGACCACUGUAGUGUCGGUUUGUUUACUAACCCUUUGCUCUGUCAGAUCUUCAGGAGUUGGCGACAUGUUUGCCAGGCUGGCUCUGUGCUCUCGCCUGCCAUCCAGGAUCCGGCAGUCCAACCUCUGUCCAGUCUCUGUCAGAAAGUACUCCCAGGCUAAAUUUUUGCUCCCACGUCCCCAUGGGAAAUCGUUUGCUCACCGCAGUGAGUUGAAGCAGGCCAAGCGCAUUGUGGUGAAGCUGGGGAGUGCUGUAGUCACGCGAGGGGAUGAAUGUGGCCUGGCGCUGGGGCGGCUGGCCUCAAUAGUAGAGCAGGUGGCAGUGUUACAGAAUCAAGGCAGAGAGAUGAUGAUUGUUACUAGUGGCGCUGUGGCGUUUGGGAAGCAGCGGCUGAGACAUGAGAUUCUGUUGUCGCAGAGUGUCAGACAAGCGUUGCACUCUGGACAGAACCAACUCAAAGACAUGUCAGUUCCAGUGUUGGAGGCCCGAGCAUGUGCAGCCGCUGGACAAAGUGGUUUGAUGGCUCUGUAUGAAGCGAUGUUCACCCAGUACAGCAUCUGCACCGCACAAAUUUUGGUCACCAACCUGGAUUUUCACGAUGAGCAGAAACGCCGUAACCUGAACAGCACGCUACACGAACUACUCCGGAUGAACAUCGUGCCUAUCAUCAACACCAACGACGCCGUUGUGCCGCCCCCUGUUCCCAACAGUGACCUGCAGGGGGUAAAUGUCAUUAGCAUAAAAGAUAAUGACAGCUUGUCUGCUCGGCUGGCUGUUGAGAUGAAAGCUGAUCUUCUCAUCGCUCUGUCUGAUGUUCAAGGUUUAUAUGACAGUCCUCCAGGAACAGACGAUGCUAAGCUCAUCGAUAUUUUCUACCCCGGGGACCAGCAGUCAAUCACCUACGGGACAAAAUCCAGAGUUGGCAUCGGUGGCAUGGAGGCCAAGGUGAAAGCAGCUCUUUGGGCUCUUCAAGGAGGGACCUCUGUGGUCAUCGCCAACGGCACAGACCCUAAAGUCACCGGACACGUCAUCACAGACAUCGUAGAGGGGAAAAAAAUUGGCACCUUUUUUUCCGAGGUCAAACCUGCAGGACCAACUGUGGAGCAGCAGACGGAGAUGGCCCGGCAUGCUGGGCGGACACUGGCCUCUCUACUUACUGAACAGAGAGGAGAAAUCAUCUGCUACCUUGCUGAUCUGCUUACAGAAAAGAAGGAAGAGAUUCUAAGUGCCAACAGAAGAGACAUGGAGAUAGCAACAGCAUCAGGUCGUUUGUCACAGCCUCUGAUCAAUCGCCUCAGUCUGUCGAAUGCUAAGCUGAACAGCCUUGCUAUCGGCCUCCGUCAGCUUGCCGUGUCAUCCGGGAAUAGCGUGGGCCGAGUGCUGAGGAGGACCAGGGUGGCUAACAACCUAGAGCUGGAACAGAUCACAGUUCCCAUCGGGGUCCUGCUGGUCAUCUUUGAGUCACGUCCUGAUUGCCUUCCGCAGGUGGCAGCCCUGGCCAUUGCCAGUGGAAACGCUUUGCUUCUUAAAGGUGGCAAAGAAGCAUCAAAUACCAACAAAAUCCUACACCAACUCACUCAGGAAGCGCUCUCAGUUCAUGGCGUAGCUGAUGCCAUUCAGCUGGUGAGCACACGCGAAGAGGUAGAGGAUCUCUGCAAGUUGGACAAAAUGAUUGACCUGAUCAUUCCGAGGGGUUCCUCCGAGCUGGUCCGAGAGAUUCAAAGGGCAGCUAAGGGCAUUCCUGUGUUGGGCCACAGUGAGGGUAUCUGUCAUGUCUACAUUGACAGUGAAGCCAGCAUAGACAAAGCUAUUGAUGUUGUUAAGGACUCCAAAUGUGACUACCCUGCAGCCUGCAAUGCCAUGGAGACCCUCCUUAUUCACAGAGAUCUACUGCGUACUCCUUUAUUCGAUCAGAUCAUCGAUAUGCUGAGAACAGAACAAGUAAAGAUCCAUGCAGGUCCUCGGUUUGCAUCUUAUUUAACUUUUAGCCCAUCCGAGGUGAAGUCUCUUCGCACAGAGUACGGGGACUUAGAGUGCUGUAUUGAGGUGGUAGACAGCAUGCAGGAGGCAGUGGACCACAUUCAUAAAUAUGGCAGCUCCCACACUGAUGUCAUUGUCACAGAAAAUGAGGAAACAGCUGAGCAGUUCCUGCAGCAGGUGGACAGCGCCUGUGUGUUCUGGAAUGCCAGCUCUCGCUUUGCUGAUGGAUACCGCUUUGGUCUGGGAGCUGAGGUCGGCAUCAGCACCGCAAGGAUCCAUGCCAGGGGACCAGUGGGUUUGGAGGGGCUUCUCACAACAAAAUGGGUCCUUCGAGGGGAGGGACACACGGUGGCAAACUUCUCCGAACAAGGCAGCAUGAAAUAUCUCCACGAGAACAUCCCUGUCCCGCAGGGAAAUCUGAAUUAGAAAAUCUCUCAACAAAUGUCUAAAAAAAAAAAAAGUUUGAGGUUUGUGUCAUAAGGCAUAAAGUCAACUUUCUAGCUGCUCCUUCAUCGC